CAGGGGCCCCAGAUGUGCCGGCUCGGCGGCACAGGCGGCUGCAGUACGCGCCGCAGCCCCAGCUGCUCCUCCUGCAGAGCCCGGGCGACCCGCGGCAGGACCCUGGCCAAGGACAGCAUGCCCGGCCUCAUGGGCUUCGGCAGAGCCGAUGCCGCCACGAGUUUUCUGAGGGCAGCCAGAUCCGGCAACCUGGACAAGGCCCUGGAUCACCUGAGGAAUGGGGUGGACGUGAAUACCUGUAACCAGAACGGGCUCAAUGGCCUGCACCUGGCUUCCAAAGAAGGCCAUGUGAAGAUGGUGGUCGAGUUGCUGCACAAAGAGAUCAUUCUGGAGACGACGACCAAGAAAGGGAACACGGCCCUGCACAUCGCUGCCCUGGCGGGUCAGGACGAGGUGGUCCGGGAGCUCGUCAACUAUGGCGCCAACGUCAAUGCGCAGUCACAGAAAGGCUUCACCCCCCUCUACAUGGCCGCUCAAGAGAACCACUUGGAAGUGGUGAAGUUCCUGCUGGAUAACGGAGCUAACCAGAAUGUGGCCACAGAAGACGGCUUCACCCCGCUGGCCGUGGCGCUGCAGCAGGGCCACGAGAACGUGGUGGCCCACCUCAUCAACUACGGCACCAAAGGCAAGGUGCGCCUGCCUGCCCUGCACAUCGCCGCCCGGAACGACGACACCCGCACUGCCGCAGUGCUCCUGCAGAACGACCCCAACCCCGACGUGCUCUCCAAGACGGGAUUCACCCCCCUGCACAUCGCAGCCCACUACGAAAACCUCAACGUGGCCCAACUACUCCUCAAUAGGGGGGCCAGCGUCAACUUCACACCACAGAACGGCAUCACGCCACUGCACAUCGCCUCCCGCAGGGGGAACGUGAUCAUGGUGCGGCUUCUGCUGGACCGCGGAGCCCAGAUAGAAACCAGGACCAAGGACGAAUUGACACCUCUCCACUGUGCAGCUCGGAACGGGCACGUCCGCAUCUCCGAGAUUCUGCUGGACCACGGGGCGCCCAUCCAAGCCAAAACCAAGAACGGCUUGUCCCCAAUCCACAUGGCGGCUCAGGGAGACCACCUCGACUGUGUCCGACUUCUAUUGCAAUACAACGCUGAGAUUGACGACAUAACCCUGGACCACCUGACUCCGCUCCACGUGGCAGCCCACUGCGGCCACCACCGGGUGGCCAAGGUCCUCUUGGACAAAGGUGCCAAACCCAACUCCAGAGCCCUGAACGGCUUUACCCCCUUGCACAUCGCCUGCAAGAAGAACCACAUCCGGGUCAUGGAGCUGCUGCUCAAGACAGGAGCCUCCAUUGAUGCGGUCACCGAGUCCGGCCUGACGCCGCUGCACGUGGCCUCCUUCAUGGGCCACCUGCCCAUCGUGAAGAACCUCCUGCAGCGGGGAGCAUCUCCCAACGUCUCCAAUGUGAAAGUGGAGACCCCGUUGCACAUGGCGGCCAGGGCAGGACACACGGAGGUGGCCAAAUACCUGCUCCAGAACAAAGCCAAAGUCAAUGCCAAGGCCAAGGAUGACCAGACCCCGCUUCACUGCGCCGCCCGCAUCGGCCACACCAGCAUGGUGCAGCUGCUGCUAGAGAGCGGCGCCAGCCCCAACCUGGCCACCACAGCCGGCCACACGCCCUUGCACGUAGCCGCCCGCGAGGGCCACGUGGAGGCAGCCCUGGCCCUCCUGGAGAAGGAAGCGUCACAGGCCUGCAUGACCAAGAAAGGAUUUACCCCUCUCCACGUGGCUGCCAAGUAUGGCAAGGUUCGGGUGGCCGAGCUGCUGCUGGAGCGGGACGCACACCCCAACGCGGCUGGGAAAAAUGGCCUGACCCCGCUGCAUGUGGCUGUCCACCACAACAACCUGGACAUCGUCAAGCUGCUGCUGCCCCGUGGCGGCUCCCCGCACAGCCCCGCCUGGAACGGCUACACACCUUUGCAUAUAGCCGCAAAGCAGAACCAGAUGGAGGUGGCCCGCAGCCUGCUGCAGUACGGGGGGUCCGCAAACGCUGAGUCGGUGCAGGGCGUGACGCCCCUGCACCUGGCCGCCCAGGAGGGCCACGCCGACAUGGUGGCCCUGCUCCUCUCCAAGCAAGCCAACGGCAACCUGGGCAACAAGAGUGGCCUCACCCCACUCCACCUGGUGGCACAGGAAGGCCACGUUCUGGUGGCAGACGUGCUGAUCAAACACGGCGUCACGGUGGACGCCACCACCCGGAUGGGGUACACCCCUCUCCACGUGGCCAGCCACUAUGGCAACAUCAAGCUGGUCAAGUUCCUGCUGCAGCACCAGGCAGACGUCAAUGCGAAGACCAAGCUGGGGUACAGCCCCUUGCACCAGGCAGCCCAACAAGGACACACGGACAUUGUGACGCUGCUGCUGAAAAGUGGUGCUUCCCCAAACGAAGUCAGCUCAAACGGAACCACUCCACUGGCCAUCGCCAAGCGCCUGGGCUACAUUUCCGUGAUAGAUGUGCUCAAGGUGGUCACGGACGAAGGCAGCGUGGUGAUGGUCAGUGACAAGCACCGCAUGAGUUUCCCGGAGACGGUAGAUGAGGUCCUGGACGUGUCUGAAGAUGAAGGGGAAGACCUCGUGGGCUCCAAGGCUGAGAAACCAGACGCCAGGGAUGUGGAUGAAGAGAGAGAGCUGCUGGACUUUGUGCCAAAGCUUGACCAAGUCGUGGAGUCCCCAGCCAUCCCCAGGAUCCCUUGUGUCACGCCUGAGACUGUGGUGAUCCGAUCCGAGGAGCCAGAGCAGGCCUCCAAGGAGUACGACGAAGACUCCCUCAUCCCCAGCAGCCCCGCCACGGAGACCUCCGACAACAUCAGCCCGGUGGCCAGCCCUGUCCACACAGGGUUCCUGGUCAGCUUCAUGGUAGACGCCCGGGGAGGCUCCAUGAGGGGCAGUCGGCACAAUGGCCUCCGGGUGGUGAUCCCUCCGCGCACCUGCGCAGCGCCCACACGCAUCACCUGCCGCCUGGUCAAGCCCCAGAAGCUGAGCACACCGCCUCCGCUGGCUGAGGAGGAGGGCCUGGCCAGCAGGAUCAUCGCACUGGGGCCCACGGGUGUUCAGUUCUUGAGCCCUGUGAUCGUAGAGAUACCCCACUUUGCCUCCCACGGCCGUGGGGACCGUGAGCUGGUGGUGCUGAGAAGUGAAAACGGCUCAGUGUGGAAGGAGCACAAGAGCCGCUACGGAGAAAGCUACCUGGACCAGAUCCUCAACGGGAUGGAUGAAGAGCUGGGCAGCCUGGAGGAGCUGGAGAAAAAGCGUGUGUGUCGCAUCAUCACCACGGACUUCCCGCUGUACUUCGUGAUCAUGUCGCGCCUGUGCCAGGACUGCGACACCAUCGGGCCCGAGGGCGGGGCUCUGCAGAGCAAGCUGGUACCCAUGGUGCAGGCCACCUUCCCAGAGAACGCUGUCACCAAGCGGGUGAAGCUGGCCCUUCAGGCCCAGCCUGUCCCCGACGACCUGGUCACCAAACUCCUGGGCAACCAGGCCACCUUCAGCCCCAUUGUCACUGUGGAGCCCAGGCGCCGGAAGUUCCACCGGCCCAUUGGCCUGCGCAUCCCGCUGCCCCCGUCCUGGACGGACAACCCGCGGGACAGUGGAGAGGGGGACACCACCAGCCUGCGCCUGCUCUGCAGUGUCAUCGGUGGAACAGACCAGGCCCAGUGGGAGGAUAUCACAGGAACAACCAAGCUCGUGUAUGCCAAUGAGUGUGCCAACUUCACCACCAACGUGUCUGCCAGGUUCUGGCUGUCAGACUGCCCGCGAACAGCCGAGGCCGUGAACUUCGCCACCAUGCUUUACAAGGAGCUCACAGCGGUGCCCUACAUGGCCAAGUUUGUCAUCUUUGCUAAGAUGAACGAUCCCCGGGAAGGGCGGCUACGCUGCUACUGCAUGACAGAUGACAAGGUGGACAAGACCCUGGAGCAGCACGAGAACUUCGUGGAGGUGGCCCGGAGCAGGGACAUCGAGGUCCUGGAGGGCAUGUCGCUGUUUGCAGAGCUGUCAGGUAACCUGGUGCCGGUCCGCAAGGCCGCCCAGCAGCGCAGCUUCCACUUCCAGUCCUUCCGUGAGAACCGGCUUGCCAUCCCAGUGAAGGUGCGCGACAGCAGCCGGGAGCCAGGGGGGUCCCUGCUCUUCUUGCGCAAGGCCAUGAAGUACGAGGAUGCCCAGCAUAUCCUGUGCCACUUGAACGUCACCAUGCCCGCUUGCACCAAGGGGAGCGGAGGCGAGGACAGGAGGAGGACCUUGACCCCACUGGCUCUGAGAUACAGCAUCCUCAGCGAGUCCCCAGGUUUUCUCAGUGGGACAGACCGAGCAGACAUGAAGAUGGCGGUCAUCUCGGAGCACCUGGGUCUCAGCUGGGCAGAGUUGGCCCGGGAGCUGCAGUUCAGUGUGGAAGACAUCAAUAGGAUCCGCGUAGAGAACCCCAACUCGCUGCUGGAUCAGAGCACGGCCUUGCUGAACCUCUGGGUCUUACGCGAAGGCAAAAACGCCCAAAUGGACAGUCUGUACGCGGCCCUCCGCAGCAUCGACCGCGGGGAGCUCAUCAGCCUGCUCGAGGGCUCAGGCAGGCAGAGCCGCCACCUGAAGCCCGACCGACGGCAUGCGGACCGCGACUACUCGGUGUCACCCUCCCAGAUGAAUGGUUACUCCUCGCUGCAGGACGAGCUGCUGUCCCCCGCCUCCCUGCACUACGCCCUUCCCUCUCCGCUGCGUGCAGACCAGUACUGGAACGAAGUGGCCGUCCCAGACGCCAUCCCCCUGGCGGCCACGGAGCAUGACGCCAUGCUGGAGAUGUCUGACAUGCAGCUGUGGUCCGCGGACCUCACGCCCUCCCUGGUCACUGCUGAGGACUCCUCCCUGGAGUACAGCAAGGCCGAGGACUCGGACGCCACGGGCCACGAGUGGCGGCUGGAGGGGGCGCUCUCGGAGGAGCCGCGGGGCCCUGAGCUGGGUUCCUUGGACCUCGCAGAGGACGACACGGUGGAUUCAGAUGCCACCAAUGGCCUUAUCGAUUUGCUUGACCAGGAGGAAGGCCAGCAGAGGAGGGUGCAAGGCCACGCCUCAGACUUACCCUCCGGGCGGCAGGUACUGGAGAGCAGCCAGGACAGACUGCAAGACUGGGACGGGGCAGGUUCCAUGGGCUCCCACGUACAUGGAGCUGCACAGAGCUCCUGGCUGCAGGAGCUGACGCCCAGCCCGCACUCGCAAGAUGAUGUCCUGAAGGCGUCCACCGGUGAGGCCCUGGCCUACAGCCAGCGGAUGCAACAGGCCAAGCACACCCUCUCCCGGGAACUACAGAAUUACAGCAGCGUGACGUCACUGGGAGCAGCUGGGCAGGAGGGCCGGCCGUUCUCCCCCCAAGGGCCACUCCAGACAGGGCCCGCUGGGUCUCUGGCCUGGCAGGUUGAGAGAGGCGGGGGUGGGGUAUGGGGGGAAUGGAAGGGCUCAGCGAGGGUCCCGGCAGCCCGUGAGGGGCGGGUCUGUGCGGCAAGGAUGUGGACCUUCGUCACCCAGCUGCUGGUCACCCUGGUGCUGCUGGGCUUCUUCCUGGUCAGCUGUCAGAAUGUCAUGUACAUUGUCAAGGGCUCCCUGUGCUUCGUGUUGAAGCACAUCCACCAGGAGCUGGACAGGGAGCUGGGGGAGGGCGAGGGCCACGGUGGCGACGAUGAGGAGACCGUCUCCAGCAGGGUGGUCCGCCGCCGGCUCUUCCUGAAGGGGCAUGAGCUCCAGAGCAUUCCAGGGGAGCAGGUGACAGAGGAACAAUUCACCGACGCACAGGGCAACAUUGUCACCAAGAAGACCAUCCGCAAAGUCGUUCGGCAGAUAGAUUCGUCCAUGACUGGGGAUCCCCAGGAGCAUGAGGAGGUGAUCGUUGGGGGGCCCCUAGAAGACUCGAGUGAGCUAGAAGCUGACAUGGAUUACCUAGCAAAGCUCUCCAAGGUGGAGCUGAGAGGGAGCGGCCUGCAGCCAGACCUGGCAGAGGGCAGGAAGGGGGCUCAGAUAGUGAAGCGGGCCAGCCUGAAAAGGGGCAAGCAGUGAAGCCGGCCUUCCGGGCCCGGAGCGGCUCUGUGGGAGGACCUCACCUCGACGCCCAAUCCCUGAACUCCACAUACCCUGCCAUGCACACAGGAGGAGAGCCGACCCUGGGGAGGGCUCUAGACCACGGGGCCACUCGGCUGCCCUGCCCCCUACAGGCCGGCGCCAUCAUCUGCAGUAAGGGACUUCCUUUAAGCCUCCUCCGUGGGUGUGGCCAACUGGCCAGGACACAUGUGCCCCACAGCCCCCACGACAAGGACCAGGGCAACCAGGCUGGUGGAGGGGGGCGGGGGUGCACGCGCGCGUGGGCAAGCAGGCACAGCACAUGUGAACAAGGGCUCUUGGGCAACUGGGGAUGGCUUUGGAGUGUUUUCGUUUUGACUGAGUACAGGGUAACUUUGUGUUUAUUCUUCGACUUUUCAUCUGGAAGGAAUCCAUGUGGCUUCCUGCAAGAAGUGUGUGUGGUGGGCAAGAAGGGAGCCAACAGGCCUGCAGUCAGUAGUUGGUCCUGUCCCUUCUCCCACCACCCUCAGACACCUCCAUUGCGUUAGGACGUCUCCUCACUCCAGUGGGUGGACACGGAGGGGCACGGAUGCACACACCUUCACACCACACACACA